GCGCAACAUAGAUCAGGCCCCUACAAUAUUUUUAAUUUGUGGGACCGUAAGACACCAAAUUUCACAAUCGUCUGACUAUCAUCAUUGAGAUUGAGAUUGGGUCAUUUGUUUACUGAGCAUGCCGGUAAUCUCGUAAUAUCACAUUCAUAUUCAAUACAUCAGUUUUUGAAAGCUAGAAUUAUUGUAACUUUGAUUAACCAAACCACAUUGAUACCAAGAAUAAAUAGUUACCUUCCAUCUGCAUAUAGCGAGUUGCAACUUUCAUUCAUUCCGGUCAGACAGGCAGAUUCCAUUUUGAAUUGCGCAAGAAUCAAUCAGCCAGAAAUAAUCUCAUCGAUCCUUUCUCAAGCCGCGCCAGCCAGCGCAGGCCAGGCGGUAGGCGCAGGCCGCGCCGCGCCGGCCGGCCAGGCGCACAGCUAUAGGGCAGAGGCUGACACUGUACAGAGAUCCAGACAGACAGUAUGAUUGAAGGAGCCGAACUUCUACUAGGCAACAGGUAAAGCUGUUAGUAACUGUGAUACUUCCUUCCUGUUUCAUACUGUUUGAUAUCUGGCAGAAGAUCAACCAUGUCAAUUGUGACUGUGCAGCUUGGGCAAUGUGGAAAUCAGAUUGGACUCUCAUUUUUCGAGACCCUUAUGUCCGACAUUGUUGGCAUGAAAGUGAAUCACAAUCCAGAUUAUAAAGAUGAAUGUCUUGAGAGGUUCUUCCAUCAAUCACCUGAUAAUAGAUCCUCAAAGAUUUCACCCUCAGCCAGAGCUGUCAUGGUUGAUAUGGAAAGCAAAGUCAUACAGAACACUGUUGUUACAGCCAAGCAGUCGGCUACCUGGCAGUAUCCAGACAAGCAGCAGUUCUGCAGGAAGCGCGGGGCAGGAAAUAAUUGGGCAGAUGGUUUCUACGGUCACGGAUCUGCUGUUGAGGAACAAGUUCUGGAGAUGGUCCAGCGGGAGGUGGAGAAGUGCGACAGGUUUGGUGGCUUCUUGAGUUUGAUGAGUGUAGCCGGUGGAACAGGAUCUGGUGUAGGAACACGCAUCACGCAAUGUCUGAAAGACCGUUAUCCACAAGCCUUGCUGGUGAACCAACUGGUGUGGCCACAUUGCAGUGGGGAGGUCAUCCUGCAGAACUACAAUGCUGUCUUGUCACUGGCUCAUCUUUAUGAAUGUGCUGAUGCCAUCAACAUCAUCCACAAUGACCACAUGCGGAAGAUCUGCUCCAGCUUCAGCAGCACUGGAAACUCAAGCAGUGGGGUAUCAUUCACCGAUAUGAAUAGACUCAUCGCAGAGCACAUGGCGCUAUGGCUCCAACCUAGCCGCUGCACUGGCAGAUCAUCUACACUGUGUGACCUGAUGGAAACUCUAGUUUCACACCCGGACUAUAAGCUACUAACUAUGUAUUGUGUUCCACAGAUCUCGGAAGCAUCCCUUCCAUACAGUACAUUUGCUUGGCCUGGUCUUAUGAAACGUCUCCAUCAAAUGGUUGUCAAUGCAUCAGUCAUGGAAGAAGGUCUCAACUGGCAAGUGAAACCUGGUUCAGAACAGAGCAACAAGUGCAUCAGCAAUUACCUCAUCCUUCGAGGAAAGGACUCCAAUACGGUUGAUGUAUCUCAGUUAAAGAAUAGUGCCCUCUAUAUUGACUGGAUCCCUCCAGAUUAUACCUUCACAUGUUCCCAUCAGUCAAGACAGUAUAGAGGAUAUGAGAAAUCAGCCUGUCUGAUGAGCAAUGGAAAGACUCCGGUUGGAAGCUUGGACAUGAUUGUGAGGAAAGCAUGGGAUAUGUUUGCCAUGAGGGCCUAUGUUCAUUGGUAUGUCAGGCAUGGCAUGGAAGAAGAAAAGUUCAUUGACUGCUUUGCAAGCUUGGAGCAAGUUCUUGAUAACUACAAGCAGCUAUGAAGCAAGUUCGAAGCUCACCAAAAUGAUCAGUUUUGAGUGCCUUUUUGAAAAAAAAAUCAUAACUUGAGUACUUUAUGGUUAAUAUGAAUGUUAUAUCUGGGCAGUAUUCUGUUUGUUUGUUUUUCUUUUCUCUCACUUUAAUUGGCAUAGUUAUCAGAAAUGAGGUACACCAUAAGCCAAUUCAUAGUUAGCUGAGCUCAUGAUCAACUUUUUCUCAAAUGACCUUUCCCGUUGUAUAAGGAUGCACACUUUCAAAUGAAGAUGUUGCAUAAGCUUUCCCCGAUGUGCAUCCUGUAGUAUUCAUAAUCUAAAAAAGGAAAGACAAGGCAUAUAGACCAAGUGACUAGAAAAAUAUGUCAGUGAUCAAAAUUGUCCGCUUUUAGCAAUAUUUUGGACUACUGUCAAUAGCAAUGAUAUUGUACACUUUGUUACUCUUCAGCUUUGAUGUAAUGAAAAAAAAAAAUUAAAGGGAUACAUUAAUAAUCAUCAAAUUACAGAUGCUUUUGUAAGUGAAUUUUAAAACCACAUUGAGGGUUUAUUUCGAUUUUACUACUCAUGCUCUUGUACAACUGCAAAAAACCUCAUUGGCUUGAUAUCACACAUUUAUGACUUACUUUCUGGUCCAUGGGUGCGAAUUAAAGCACUUGAACUAAUCACAAGUGCACCUCAAAAUUUGUUAUUACUGUUACAAAAUAAUGAAGAUAGGAUUUAAAAGAAUGAGAUAAUUUUCAGAAUUUCAGCUGAGAGUCCUAUCUUUCAAGUAGUGGUGAUUAAUCUGAUCAAUCCCAACUACAGGUAUAGAAAGCACACUGCAAAAUUGGAUGAAACCAAUCAAUGGCAUUCUCUGUUUCCAAAGAAAUUAUGGUCUAUAUGAAGAAUUAUUGAAUUUAUGGAUAUAUAUGGUUGAUAUUAAUCAGAUCAACCACAACUCUUUGUACCUUGGGACCCUGUAAGUUUUAAAACAUGAAGUGUGGGCAGUUUCAUAGAGCUCUUUCAUUCAAGACUGAAUUAUGAUAUAAUGAAUUAGGGCCAACUAAUUUGGAAUCUCAAUCAUUCUAUUGAUUUAAGUUGAAAUUCACACGUUUUUUUAGCAUUCUUACUGUCAAUGCAAAUAUUAUAUAUAUAGUUCAGAGUGCAUUAUUUGAAGCCUUUUGGAAUUGUUUUCAAAUAAGUCAAAUUUGAGGAAUUGUCAGAACUUUUGAGCUGAUUUUCUAAAUGACUAUUCCAGGUAUUUUAAAAUUUAUGCAUAAAUUUACAAAUAUAUGAAACACUUAGUUCUAUGAAUCCGUCCAGCUGAAUUUACUCUGUUGCACAAAAUACAGACUGUGAAUAUCACAGUAUAAAAAAGUAAACCUUGUUAUUUCUAUUUCUGUUAGGCCUGUGCAGUAAAGGUACAAGUAUGAGAGAUACAGAGAGCAUUUGGUUGGGAAUGGGGAGGAUAAAAAUAUAUGCAGAAUAGAGGUCGAGUGUGGUGAGCAAUGAGUGCAACAAGUGAAAAGGGGUAAAUGACACCCUUCCUCAAUUACCUGGUUACAUAAGGUGAGAACAAGUCUUGGAGGUGUAAUUGAAGAGAAGACACUGAUGAACCCACAUG